GUGUGUGGAGUAGACACAUCAGGCGAGUGUUGUGUCUCUUUUGUCUGAUCUCUCUCUUGUCUCCUCCUAUCUCGAUCGGUAAUUAGUGAUUAGGGCUGCUUAUCUGGGAAAUUUCUGAAUCUCCGCCGUUUUGGUUCGAUUCAGAUUCUGCGGUCUUUAGUCUCAGUCUUUGAUUUUUGUUCUUUUACUCGGAACCUUAAAAAACCCUAAUUUUGAUACAUUAGCUUUAGAACGUUCUCUCUCGAGAGGUCAUUCCAUUAGAUACAUUAAGGUUAGUCUGUCUUUGUGUGUUGAAGAAGAUGCCACCAAAGCAACAACCGAAGGCCGAUUUGGCGAAAAAGCAGAAGCAAGUUGAAGACAAAACUUUCGGUCUGAAAAACAAAAACAAGAGCAAGAAUGUUCAGAAGUAUGUUCAGAGUCUCAAGCAAUCUGUUCAGCCUAAACCCGAUGCCUCUAAAGUUGCAGCCAAGAAAAAGAAAGAGGAAGAGAAAGCGAGAGAACAAGAAUUGAAUGAGUUGUUUAAGGUUGCUAUUAGUCAGCCGAAAGUUCCUGUUGGUGUGGAUCCAAAGUCCAUCCUGUGUGAGUUUUUCAAGGCAGGGCAGUGUCAAAAGGGAUUUAAGUGUAAGUUCUCUCAUGAUCUCAACAUUCAGAGGAAGGGUGAGAAGAUUGACAUUUACAGCGAUAAGCGUGAUGAAGAUGGAGAUAUGGAGGAGUGGGAUCAGGAGACCCUUGAGAAGGUUGUGGAAUCAAAGAAAAAUGAAUAUAACCAGAACAAACCAACUGAUAUUGUUUGCAAGUAUUUUCUGGACGCGGUGGAAAAGAAACAGUAUGGGUGGUUCUGGGCUUGCCCCAAUGGUGGGAAAGAGUGUCAUUACAGACACGCUCUUCCUCCUGGAUAUAUCCUCAAGUCUCAGAUGAAGGCUCUCUUGGAAGAAGAGUCACAAAAGAUGCCAGUUGAAGAAGAAAUCGAGAACGAGCGUGCGAAACUGAAAACGGCAACACAAAUGACACCGGCGCUAUUUAUGGAAUGGAAGAGGAAGAAAAUAGCUGAGAGAGACGCAGGUUUGGCUGCUUCUCAAGCCGAGAGAGCCAAGAACGACCGUAUGAGUGGUCGGGAGCUGUUUCUGUCGAAUGCAAGCUUGUUUGUGGAUGAUGCUGAGGCUUUUGAAGAGUACCAGAGGGAAAAGGAAGAGGAAGAGACUGAACAGAAGGCAAAGGACAAAGAAACAGAGGCCCCUGGGACAAGCAGGAGCAGUGGUGAUGCUGAACAGAGUUCAAAAGAAGUGGAUGAAGACGACGAAGAUGAUGAUGAUUUGGACAUGGAUGAACUUGAUGAACUGGAAGCAAGCCUGUCGAAAGCAUCGGUCCAGAUUCGUGAGCCAAACGAUUAAGGAUCACAUAUUAUAUUGAGGUGAAAAUAUGUGUGACAGAGAGGUGGAGGAGAGGAAAAAGCACACAUGUUUUGGUCGCUCUUGUGUACUUUUUGAUGACUUGGAUUUCGCAGACACUAGCACCUAAUUUCUAGGUGUUUGAAUAAAUCGUUUACUGUCUUAAGAUCGUAAUGUCUCAUCAAGGACUGGUGUUCUUUUUUUUU